CGAGCCCUCAGUAGACGUCGUCGCCGACCCCAUCAUCUCGUCCGACCUCGCCGCGUUCUCGCCAUCGCCGUCUCCCAUCCCGACGCUGACUCCUAGACCUAGUCAAUCCGGUCGUCCGAGCAUCCAAGCUAGGAUGCCUUCCGAUGUGCUGAGCUCAGGCUCGGAGACAGAGCCUUUGCUGGGCGGUCAGUUGAAGAGGAAGAAGCCUUUCUACCGUGCCAGGCCGCUGUGGCUAGUUCCUUUCGUCGUCGUUGCAUCCCUUGUCCGUGGAAUGACCCUCGCCCCUCGUGUACAAGUAUUCACGCAACUAUCGUGUUCCGCUCUCUACCACCAUCAUUACAACCACACCGAAUCUAAUUCCUUGCUGGGUCUGCACUCUGUGCGACCCGCCCACAACCUCUCACAUCCAUCGUCCUCUCCUCUAUCUUACCUAUAUCUAGACCCCGCAGGUCCCCAUCUAGACCCACUAUCUUUGGACCAUCUAUCCGCUUCCUACGGCCCGCACGCCGCAGGUUCGGGCUCGCAGGCAAUCGUUACAUUCAAUCGGAGCAGCGAAGACGAGGAGGAGGACCCGAGGAAUCUACCUUCGAAACGAUGUCUCUCGGAUCCCGCCGUGCAGAGCCGGGCGGCACGACUGCAGAGUAUGAUGACCGUUAUCAUGGGCACCCUGUCCGCCCUUACGACGGGGUGGUGGGGUCACUUCGGCGAGCAGCACGGCCGUACUCGUGUUCUCGCCAUUGCGACGCUCGGUCUAUUCCUCACUGAUCUCACAUUCAUCCUUGUAUCCACGCCCCACACCCCCUUCUCCGGUCACGGGCACAAACUGCUGAUCGUCGCCCCUUUCAUCGAAGGACUACUCGGUGGCUGGUCCACUCUUCAAGGCGCGACCACCGCGUACGUCUCCGACUGCACCUCCGACGGCUCGCGCUCGCACAUCUUCUCCCGCUUCACCGGCAUGUUCUACCUCGGCUUCGCCGCAGGUCCCGCGAUCGGCGCCUUCCUCAUCCGGCACCCGCUCUUCAGCUCGCUCUUCAACUCGGACACCGCGCACCCCAUACCCUCGGUGACCAACGUGUUCUGGGUCGCGAUCUGCUGCAACGCGGUGAACCUGCUGCUCGUGGCGUUCGUGUUCCCGGAGAGCCUGAGCGAGGAGAAGAAGCGCGCGGCGCGGGAGAAGAAUGCGGCGAAGAAGGCGACGGACGUCGCUGCGGGCAAGUCGGGCGGCAUGAUCGGGUUCUUCAGGGACUUUUUGAAGCCGCUGGCGAUUUUCUUGCCCAAGAAGUCGGAGCUGCCUGGAGGGAAGACGAGGACUAACUGGGAUCUUACAUUCUUGGCCUGCGCGUUGUUUGGGUAUUUCCUGUCUACUGGUAUUUGGCAGAUCAAGUAUCUCUAUGCUGGACAUGUUUACGGCUGGGGCGCUGAGCAGCUGAGCUACUACAUCUCUUUUGCUGGUGGUGCCCGCGCUGUCAAUCUGCUGUUAAUCAUGCCAGUCAUUAUUGCCAUGUUCAAGCCCAAGCCCAAACCAGCCAAGGCGUCUAGCACGGGUACUGUUGCUACCGUCCCGGUGGCUGUCAAGAAAUCAGACAAGCCAACACUGUCCGCACUGUCCCACGAGGCGCACUUCGACAUGGUCCUCGUCCGAUUCUCUCUCGCCAUGGACAUGCUUUCGCAGGUGCUGGUGUCCAUGGGCCCCAUCGACGACAGCUUCGCGUCCCAGGCGAUGUUCGUGGGCUUUACGAGCUUGAGCAGCUUCGCGAGCGGGGUGGUACCCUCAGGGCAGAGCCUCGCGCUGUGUAUUAUGCAGAUUCAGGCCCAUGGCCAGCCGGAGGUGGAUAAAGCCGGAAGUGGGCAUCUGUUCGGUGCCAUUGCGAGCUUGCAGGCUAUUGGGCAGAUGAUUCUCGGGCCAAUGCUCUUUGCUGCGAUCUACGGCGGCACUGUCGCGGAUUAUCCGAAGGCAAUCUUUACGUCGGCGGGAGCGAUCUUGCUGGUGUCUCUGCUCAUGAUAUUUAUGGUCCGUCCUGCUGCUGACCUCAAGGCGAAGCGGAAAGCCAAGAGGGCGCAGCUCGACGCGGACAUUGAACGGGGUAGAUCGAGGGUCAGCAAGGAUAUCUCGCGACGACCCGCUCCUGUGGCUUCGUCGAGCUCUGGCUCGCCGUAAAUUCGGUCGCUCAAUUAGACGAGAAGGUGGCUAUCUAUCGAGUCGCAUUAGAAUGUAGACAUCACGGUAUGCACAUUAUUAGCUUGGUUAUUGUAUCGGGUUGUUGGUAGUCAGCGUUUCACUGUACACUAGCGUAAUGGCUUUAACUUUGUACUAUAGACAAGACAGUACUCGUAUAUUUAUAAUUCAAUAUGCGUUCCUUCUCAUACAGGGUACAAUCCGCAAAACCCAGAUAUGUCAGAGAUAGGAAGAUUCGGGGUAUCUCUCAUCGCACUGAGGAACCGCCAUAGCCCGUACUACGCCUCAUAGACCCUAAGCCGGAGGAUGAUCCCUCGCCGCGAUCAUCAUAAUUGGAAUUCGGGCGUCGCACACCAGCGAACCCAGGGGUACUAUACCUCGACCCUCCAAAGACGCCCGGUGGAGCUGUCCUCUCCCUCUCCCAGUCGUACGCCUGAGCGCGUGGGCGGUCGCCAGGAUCUCGCAUCCUGUUGUACAAUCCUGUCCCAAGGGCACCGAGGGCUGCCCCCGUCCAG